CUGGGAGGACGUUACUUGACAGGAGCGUGUGUUUUAAAAGAAUAAUCCCAGUCCGCCAGCUAUGAGAGCGCCGAUGGGUUUACUGUGCGUAAUGGUCGCGCUGGUCCUGGGGCUGUGGGAGACCAGCGUGGCCAACAGGAACUGCCCCGACCUGAUCGUUGACAGCUGUCACUGCUCGGCGGAGAGGUCCAAGGAGCUCAGCAGGCAGCAGCCGCUCCGGGUCAAGGUGGUCUGUGAGGAUGUGGACCUGACGGACCCCCUGCAGCCCAGCUCCGUCCCCAACACCACUGUGUCCCUAAACCUGGGCAACAACAAGAUCUCCCUGCUGUGGAACGGCUCCUUCUACGGCUUGGCUGCCCUGGAAAAACUGGACCUGAAGAAUAAUUUGAUUAGCACAGUGGAGCCCGGGGCCUUCCGUGGUCUGCUGGCUCUGAGGAGACUGGACCUAUCCAACAACAGGAUUGGCUGUCUUUCCCCCGAAAUGUUUCUCAAUCUGGGCAACCUCUCAAAGUUGAAUUUAUCUGGCAACAUCUUCUCCACACUCACCGUGGGACUCUUCACACACCUUGUGGCUCUCAGAGUGCUGCACUUCCACACUGAGACCUUGUUCUGUGACUGUCAGCUGAAGUGGCUGCUCCUCUGGGCCCGAAGCAACUCGGUGAGGAUCGGGAACGACACGGUGUGUGUGUUCCCCACCCGCCUCCACGGCCUGGAGUUCCGCAACCUACGUGAACAGCAACUCAGAUGCGAUGGACCUCUGGAGAUGCCCCUCUUCCAGCUCAUCCCUUCCCAGCGCCAACUGGUGUUCCGUGGCGACCGGCUCCCCCUGCAGUGCACGGCCUCCUACGUGGACCCGUCGGUGGAGCUGCGGUGGCGUCACAACGGCCACACCAUGACCACGCAGGAGGACAGGGGCAUCGACGUGGAGGAGACCCUGCUUCACGACUGCUGCCUGCUGACCAGCGAGGUCGUCCUGUCCAACAUCGACGUGGGCAUAUCUGGCAUCUGGGAGUGCAUGGUGACCAGUUCCCGUGGCAACACCUCUCAGCAAAUGGAGAUAGUUGUUCUGGAGACGUCGGCACCGUACUGCCCCACUGACAGAGUCACCAACAACAAGGGGGACUUCAGGUGGCCGAGGACUCUAGCCGGGAUCCUGGCCUUCCUGCCCUGUGCGCCCUCGACCUUCGGCUCGGCCCCGCACCCCCCCGGCGGCGCCCACGGCCCCUCCAGCCAGAGGGAGAAGAAGGCGUGGCGGCGCUGCGACCGGGCUGGGCGCUGGGCGGAGGAGGACUACAACCAGUGCCCGUACGCCAGCGAGCUCACCCGCGUGCUGCACGAGCUCACCCAGAUAACGAUUAACACCACCAACGCUCAGCCAUUGGGACGGCAGCUAGUGGCUUUCACCAGCAGGGCGGCGCACUUCACUGACGUCAUGGAUGUCAUCUUUGUCACACACCUGGUGGAGAGGCUGACGCGGCUGGUGGACAAACGCACAGACCUGGGGGACUACAUCUCAGACAUAGCCAGUAACAUGAUGCUGGUGGAGGAGCACAUCCUGUGGAUGGCCCAGAACGAGGCGCGGGCGUGCACUCGCAUCGUGCAGUGUGUGGAGCGGAUCGCCGACCUGGCACUGACCCGAGACAAUCAGGUCAUUUCUAAGGUGUCUGCUAACAUCGCUCUGGAGGCCUUUCUGAUCCGGCCGUCCAACUUCCUGGGCCUGUCCUGCACGGCCCUCCAACGGCCCCCCGCGUCCGCCCCCUCCCCGCUCCCCGGCAGAGAGCGAGACGCCGCCGGGGAAUCGAUGCUCAACUUCAAAUGCCACACCGUCAACAGCAGCGGCCCGCCGGCCAGUCAGAUCAGCAAGAACUCAGUGGCAGUCGCCUCAAUCCAUUUACCGCUGGCUGCUGGUCCGCCUCUCCCCUCCUCUGCGCUGCAAUCUGUUGAUAACUCCACUUGCAGGCUGCAGUUCAUCGUGUUUCGCAAUGGGAAACUCUUCCCUUGCACGGGGAAUUCGUCGAACCUCGCCGACGAUGGGAAGCGUAGGAGCGUUUCAACACCAGUUGCUUUCACCAAAUUAGAUGGGUGCAGCCUCGGGAGCGCCGUGCACUCCGUUACCAUCGCGCUCCGGCACUUCGCACUGGGUGUAGACCCCACCGCGGCGUACUGGGAUUUUGACCUGCUGGAUGGACACGGCGGCUGGAGGGCAGAGGGCUGCCACAUAACGGGCUCCGGGGGCAACACGACCACCAUUCAUUGCACCCACCAUAAUAACUUUGCAGUGCUGAUGGAUCUGAAGAAGGUGCUGUCUUUCCCCCCGUACCCUGGGGAGUUUUUGCACCCGGUCGUGUAUGCCUGCACGGCGGUCAUGUUGCUCUGCCUCUUCGCCUCCAUCAUCACCUACAUAGUGCACCACAGCUCAAUCCGCAUCAGUCGGAAGGGAUGGCAUAUGCUUCUCAACUUCUGUUUCCACACGGCUCUGACCUUCGCCGUGUUUGCCGGCGGCAUCAAUCGAAUCAAAUACCCCAUCAUCUGUCAAGCAGUCGGGGUCGUGCUGCACUACUCGUCUCUGUCGACCAUGCUGUGGCUCGGGGUGACGGCGAGGAACAUUUAUAAACAGGUGACCAAAAAGCCUCCACAGAGCCAAGAUGGUGACCCGCCUCCGCCCCCUAAACAGCCCCUGUUGAGCUUUUAUUUAGUCAGCGGUGGAGUGCCCCUCAUCAUCUGCGGGGUCACGGCAGCCGUCAGUUUCGACAACUAUGGCAGCGGGGAGCAGGCGCCAUACUGCUGGAUGGCCUGGGAGCCCAGCCUGGGGGCCUUCUUCGGCCCAGCGGCCUUCAUCUUCCUGGUGACAUGUGUCUACUUCCUGUGCACCUUCAUCCAGCUGCGGCGACACCCCGAGAAGAAGUAUGAGCUCAAGCAGCUGACGGAUGAGCAGCAGAGGCUGGCCGCCAUCGAUGUGCCGACCCACUGUCACCAGGGAGCCGAGCCCGGAGCUCUGACGGCUCCGCCUGGCGGGAGUCACUGCCCGGCCGGCUGCCCGGGCAUCCCCAUCAACCCCGCGCUGCUGGCCAACGAGCACUCCUUCAAGGCCCAGCUACGAACUGCGGCCUUUACCCUUUUCCUGUUCUUAGCCACCUGGACAUUCGGCGCACUGGCCGUGACCCAAGGCCACUUCCUGGAUAUGAUCUUCAGCUGCCUCUACGGUGCCUUCUCCGUCACCCUUGGCCUCUUCAUCCUCAUCCAUCACUGUGCCAAGCGGGAUGAUGUCUGGCAUUGCUGGUGCUCCUGUUGCCCCGGACGACAAGCCAACGCUUGUUCUGGCGCCCACGGGCCAGCUCAGGCCCGGCCCAAGGUUAACGUGAAUGGAGAUACCCCCGGGCACAGCCACGGUCACAGCCACUGCCACCAUGACUCACCAUGUCAGGGAAAAGCCGUGAUGAGCUGCGGUCACGGCACGUUAGGUCACUGUAAGCAUGCUGCCCUUCCGUCCUCGCAAAACCAUGUGACGUGUCUGGCCCCGGUGACGCCGUGUUGCGCCGCCCUUCACAGCCAGCAGCUGAUGGAGCAGGAGCCCGCAGCGACUCACGUUCUCCUGCACCCAGACCCCGAGGGCUACAGGCCAGGGAUCCAGUUGCACCCCUGCCUAAAGAGCAGCACCAGGACUAAAAGCCGUCACUUCAGCCGCCGGGCCGGGGCCGGCACUUGCGGAGCAGGGGGCGAGAGGGAGUACGCCUACCACAUCCCCUCCAGCGUGGACGGAGGCAGCGUGCACAGCUCGCACACCGACAGCCCCCACAGCACACACGAGCGGCACGCCCACAUCUGCCCACAUCUGGCCCACGAAGGCCACCACGACGGGCAUCACACGUGCCACGCCGCGGCAGCUACCGAGGCGCUGGCGUGCCACAACCCCUGCCACAGGCACAUCUGCUGUGCCAAGGCAGACCUCCUCCCUUCGCUGUGCCCGGCAGAGGCAGGCGACACGGGCAUCUUCCUGUGCGGCUGCGGCAAAGUGGCCGAGGAGGACCCGACGGCGGCACAUCACCACCUGGAGAUGCACGCCCCGCGCAGACAAUCCUACCCCCAGAACCCACCCAAUCAGAAUGGGAUUCUAAAAGGGGGGCUACACGAAGGACUCCUGUACACCUCAGACAGCACAGGGAAUAUACGCACUGGACCCUGGAAGAAUGAAACUACUGUGUAGUGGGGGAAGGAAAACAACAGGCAGCAGCCCUGCCUCUAAACCCUUCUGGAAUUGAGAAAAAGAAUUGAAGGACAUUUUGAACAUCACAAUCAGCGUGGGAUAUUUUUAUUUCAAUGUCCUCAUGUUUUUAUGUGUGCUGUUUUACUGUACAGAAAUCUGACAUCAUCUAAAUGCUCCCCCCGUCGAGCAUUCCAUACUCCAAACAGAAUCUCCUCCAUCUAGAAGAAUUUGUGAAAUAUA